GGAGUAGCGUUAAGUAUUUCCUGUCUGGAGAAGUGACUACCAGGUCACAGGAGCCUCGUACACAGCACCGUACACGAUGAUGUGGUUUGAGGUGCUGUCCCUGUGUCUGCUAACAGCCAUCCAACGUGUAGUUCUACAAUCAACCCGUCCCCAUAUCAUCUUCAUUGUCGCUGAUGACAUGGGAUGGCAUGACAUCAGCUUCCAUGGAUCAGAAAUCAAAACUCCGUUCAUUGACUCCCUGGCGUACAAAGGCAUCAUCCUGAACAACUAUUAUGUGUCCCCUAUCUGCAGUCCCACCCGGACAGCCAUACUAACUGGGAGGCACCCCAUACAUACAGGAAUGCAGCACGGUGUGAUACUUGGUGCCUCUCCGUACGGCCUCUCUCUGAAUGAGACCAUCAUGCCGCAGUACCUGAAGGAGCUCGGGUACGCCACUCACAUCGUGGGGAAGUGGCACCUGGGCCAUUAUACAGAGAACCACACCCCCACUAGGAGAGGUUUCGACUCCUUCUUGGGCUUCUACCUCGGCCACGAGGACUACUACGACCACUCCGCCGAGGACGGAUGGGGGGGAUACUGGGGUUACGACUUCCGGCGGAACCGGGCAAUAGAACGGGGUUACGGUGAAACAUAUUCCACCGAGCUGUACACGCAGGAAGCAAACGCGAUUCUCCGACUCCACAAUACAUCACAGCCUCUGUUCCUGUGGCUGGCUCACCAAGCAGUGCAUGCCGGGAACUACAAUGGCGAUCCGGUCCAGGCACCUCAGAAAUAUGUCGAGAGAUUCCCUGGCAUCGAAGACGUCCCCAGGAAGACAUUUGCUGGGAUGACCUCGGCGUUGGAUGACUCCGUCGCCAGCGUCUUCCAGACACUGGAGGAGACGGGGAUGAUAAACAACUCCAUCAUUAUCUUCACCACAGACAACGGCGGACCCACCAACGGCUACGACAGGAACUCUGCUUGUAACUGGCCACUCAGGGGCUGCAAGAACACGAUGUGGGAAGGAGGGGUGCGGGGAAAUGGCUUCAUCUACAGCCCUCUACUCUCUACAUCCGGGUACGUCCAGGAGAACAUGAUGCAUAUCACUGAUUGGCUGCCAACUCUCUACCACGCAGCCGGAGGUGACGUCAGCAAGCUCAGGAACCAAGAUGGCUACAAUCUGUGGGAAAUGUUGUCAACCAAAGGUGAUGCUGUGAGAUACGAGAUCAUACACAACAUCGACCCAACAGCAAACUUUUCAGCUAUAAGAGUGGGCGAGUUCAAGUUGGUAGAUGGGCAUGUCUCGGGUGGUAAAUAUGACUCGUGGUAUCCCCCUCCGGAAGCUAAUGCUGUCGACAUAAACCGGUCCCUCAGCGGCAGCCCUUCAACUGACAACAUCGCCGUCGUCGGUCAACCUAUUGAUGUGAAAUGCGGACCUAAACCACUAGAUGCUGAGAUCAACUGUAAACCCGAGGUAGCCCCAUGCUUGUUCCACAUUCCAAGCGAUCCGUGUGAGUUCCACAACAUUGCUGCGUCACAUCCGGCGGAAGUGCAGGCUCUGCUGGACCGGAUUAAUGAGUAUAGAAAAACGAUGGUUCCGCCCUCCAACAAACCGAUAGACCCCCGGGCCAAUCCCGCCCUUCACGGUGGGGCAUGGGGACCAUGGCUUGCGGAUGAACAAGGGUUGAUCAGCAUACCAAAUAUUAUCGGCAGACAUGUUUAAUGUUGAAUAAAAAUGUUUCUCUA